AAUAUAUUUUUAUGUCUCAUCUGAGCUGACUGUUGAGGCAGACCUACAGUCAGGAGCUAAAAUUAGGGAGGCUCCCCAACAGAAAUUACGCAAGAAGGCUAAAGUGGACAGACUGCGUGUCUGUGCGUGUCUGUGCGUGUCAGUGGUUACAGGGCUCAGGACCAUGGGGACGUUCUCUACAACUUUGCUGCUGUUAAUGACAUGGAGGGUAUUUUUAGCUGCUGUUGUCAUCUCUCCGUAACAGCCCGCCUGUGGCGCACAGUAUAAAGGACUCCUUCAAAAUGCAGCUGUACAACAGUGCGCUGACACACUACCCGAGGUUGUCGCGCAAAGUUACUAUAACUUUAUCGAGCGGAUCCGAGCGUCAGAACGAGACAACACCAAGUUCCUCUGACGCUGAUAAACCGGUAUUUUCACACGCAGAUACAUCUUCAACGACCAACGGGAGUCCGGAGAAAGAGGCUGCUUCUUCCGCAAACAUGCCUGCGUUUUCAUGUCACGAAGCCUCGUCUAUGAGGCCAAUUUACUUCACGUCGACUGCUGAGAUAUUAAUCCGCAGGCCCGAUGGAGUGGAGAGGUCUGUUCCUGUCCAUAUCAUGAGAGAGUCUAAAGCCAAACCGCCCUCUCCCAACUCGCAUAAUGGGGAAAGUAUCAUCUGUAAUGACUGUGACUCUGAUGUGAUACUGGAUUGGAUAGAUCAGCUGAGAACUGGGACAGAUGAGCUGUUCUCUGACUGCCCAGAGCUGCUUGGAAAUCACCUUUUAAACUGUAACAACAUCUGUGGACCUAGAGUAGAAGAGUACAAGAGGACAGUGGGAAAUUCUAGCGAAGUUGACACAGUUUCAGUGUCUGAUGUCCCCUUUAGAAGCAAUGGAUGGGCCUCACUACCAGAAGACGAGCUAGUUCCACCCAGGGAAGCUCAGCCCGAAGAGCACAUACAGGAAGAUUUUAGUGAUCUGAGCAGUGGAAAAACAGCUCCAGUGUCGGAUAUGAGACAGGCCUUCGAGCUCAGUGUUCUGCAGGAGUGUCCUCCACAGAGAUGCCAAGAGAAAGGAGAUGUUAAUGAUAAAGUCACUUGGUAUCUGGCUGAAGUAGAGAAACAAAACAAGUACCUCCAGGAGAGGCACAAAUACAGGUACCACAUCAUUCCAGAUGGCAACUGUCUGUAUAGAGCUGUGUGCAAAGCCAUGUACGGGGACCAGGCGAGACACAGGGAGCUGAGGGAGCACACGGUGCACCACAUUGCUGACCACUUGGACGAGUUCAACCCCAUAAUCGAAGGUGAUGUUGGGGAGUUUCUGAUCAAUGCAGCGCAGGACGGCGCCUGGGCCGGGUACCCUGAGCUUCUGGCCAUGAGCCAGAUGCUAAACGUCAACAUCCACCUGACAACCGGGGGGAGCUUGGAGAGCCCCACUGUCUCCACCAUGGUGCACUAUCUCGGGGAAGAGGACGCUUCGAAACCAGCUAUCUGGUUGAGCUGGCUCAGCAACGGUCACUACGACGUCCUGUUGGACAGGUGUUUCCCCAACCCAGAGUACGAGGACUGGUGCAGGAACUCACAGAUGCAGAGGAAAAGAGAUGAGGAACUGGCAAAGUCGAUGGCAGCCUCAUUGUCCAAAAUGUACAUUGAGAAAAAUGGAUCUGGGUGAAAAAAAGAUGCUCACUGUUACAUAUUAGUGCAGAACUGAUUUCUGAACAUGCCUGGUUUUUACAUGCAGUUAAAUUAUUUUUGUAAGGUUUAUAUUGUGAGAGAAAAGAAGUGCAGUGCACGUGUUGUUUUUGUACAUGCUAAAACUGCCAAAUUAGUAGCGGUUGUGUCUGAAUGUGUGUGAGGCAGUUUUUCCCGAUAUGUUGACAUGAGUGGAAUACAGUACUUUAAUGUUGUUACUGUACAUGAAUGUGCUUUUGAGGUGACUUAUUGGCAGAGCAGUUAUUUUUUAUAAUGCCUUUGCUGCGUUUUGCUGUUUCCACAUAUUGUAAAAUACAAAGAGACUUGAUUUGCAUUUUUAUGACUUAGCUUCAGUGUUUAACGUCUGUUUAGCCCAUCUCUUGCACAAAUGUGUUUAAUUUCUGUCUGCUAGAACAGUUCAGCCAUUAUUUUUUCUGUUAUUCCAGUUCAUUUUAGGAGUUUGAACACAUAUUAGAAAAACAUUUUGCAACAGUUUCUCAUUUAGAUGACAUGGUAAUCACUUGAAUAGUACCUUUCUGACAUUUCCACACAGAUUAUUAUGUUAUAUCACUAUGAUAAUCUCAGUGCGACAUUGACCAUAAUAGAACUCAAACUGCAUAAGGCAGAUGAUGUGAUAUAUUUUGCACUCAUUUCCACCUUCUGCUGUCCUAAUGUGAAACAGGAUGUCUGGAUGUUGUUACAAGGAGUGACACUGGAGCCCGCAACCUCCUGUUCAGGUCCGACUGCAGUACUCAUAGUGUCAGAUCGCCUGGAACCUGUGUCAGAGCUUUCUGGAUGUUGAACGGUGCUCUGUCACAGUUUAGUGCAAAGAUGCAACGUCACCAUGUCUUUGUUCUGUUUGGUUUCUGACUUUGAUUAAACUAAAGCUCAUUGCUCACAUACAAUGUGAGAAAGGCGCCUCAAGAGUGAGUUUUGUUUUCCUAAGUUUGGACUCUGGAUAUAGUUUUAUAUUGUUCUGUAUUUCAUGUUGUGAUGUUUACAGUGUUUUCACUUUCAGAUUUCACCUUAAAAAUGUUCCAUUUUGUAAAUGUAUGAUAUUUGUGCUAAA